UCUAACUAUUCAUUUUUUAAUAAAACAUGGCUGACGAUUUCAUAGAAUCAUUAAUUGAAGCACCAUAUCAACCCGAUAAUGCAGAUGACGAACGAAUGGACCUAUCUAAUCCAGAAGAUAAUGGAGAUAUUGAUACAGUAAAUGAUGAUAAACAUAAGCGCAGCAAAAAAAAGCGUAAGAAAGAAAAGAAAGACAUUGAUGAAGAUGAUGAAAGCAAAUCUCAUAAGAAGAAAGAUAAAAAACAUAAAAAGAAAGAAUUGGAAUCCGAUGAUAUAGAUAAACGUGAUUUUGAAAAUAAUGAUCAUAAAAAUGAAAAGUCUGAUCAUAGCAAUAAUAUUAAUAAUAAGAUUGAAGAAAAAACUCACAAAAAAGAUAGAAAAAGGGAAGAAAGAGAUGUCAGUCAUUCAAGUGAUGAUAGUAGGAAAAGGAAACGCAAGGAGAAAGAUAAAUCAAGGGAUAGAGAUAAAAAAGAAAGACACAGAGAUUCUAGCAGAAGUAAUAGCACAAAACACAAGAGAAAUAGUAGUAAAGAUAGAAAAAGAAAAUCACAAUCGAGGUCAACCUCACCUCGUAAAUCUCAAACAUCAAGUCAUCGAAAUGAUAAAUAUGAAUCAAGGAAAAGAAACUAUGACGAAGAAUAUGAAAGGAGAAAUAGUGGGAGAAGUCGGCACUCCCCAGAUGAUUCCCCACCACCCAGGGCAAGUGAUAAAGACGAUGUGGAAUUGACACCCGAGGAACGAGAUCAAAGGACCGUUUUAUUCAUGCAGUUAGGGCCUUAUGUGAAUGAGCGAGAUAUCAUGGAUUUCCUAAAAUCUGUUGGGAAAAAGACUAAAGAUGUCAGGGACAUAAGACUGAUAGUAGAUUCUAGAACACGAAAAUCGAAAGGGCUAGCUUACGUGGAAUUCAAAGAACCCGAAUCUGUUCAAUUUGCCUUGGGUCUUAACGGCAAAAAGAUUAGGAGCAGACCCAUAGUUGUUCAACACUCUCAAGCAGAAAAGAACAGACUAGCGAUCCUAGCCAAUGGGGGAAUCGGCUUGCAAAGGGGAGGUCAGCCUGGCCCCAUGAAACUCUAUGUGGGCUCGCUCCACCCAAACAUUUCCGAAGAAAUGCUCAGGGGAAUUUUUGAACCAUUUGGAAAGAUCGACUUCAUAAACUUGAUUAUGGAUUUAGAAUCGAACAAAUCUAGAGGCUAUGGUUUUAUACAGUUUCACGAUUGUGAAGAUGCCAAGAGAGCUCUCGAGAGCUUGAAUGGGUUUGAAUUGGCAGGAAAGGGAAUGAAAGUCAGCAAAUUCAACGAGAGACUCGGAGUCCCUUCUUCACCUCCCAUGCUUAUGGUUCCUCCCAACCCUCUUACGCCAUUAUAUACUGGUGGAUCAGUGGGACUAACCGGAAGUGGACAAAUCGUUAAUUUUGCUGCGCAACAAGCUAUGGGAAGUGUCAAUCAAAGUGCUGCCGCCUAUUCUGUUCUAGAUAAUGAGGAGAUGGAAAAAACCGGCAUCGAUUUGGGUGCCUCAGGCAGGCUUCAGCUCAUGGCCAAGCUUGCAGAAGGAACUGGUAUGCUAAUUCCGAAAGUUUCUUCCUCUGGCAUGAGUGGAGUGACACAUCCUCACCUUCUGAAUCCUAUGCCUCAAAUACAGACGCAGCCUCCUAUUGCCACCCCAUGCUUUAUGCUUUCCAAUAUGUUUGACCCUUCCAAGGAAGAAGGAAGUGAAUGGAUUAUGGAUAUCCGUGAUGAUGUUAUAGAAGAAUGCGACAAGCAUGGAGGAGUUUUGCAUAUAUACAUCGACUCCACAUCGCCUGCCGGCAAUGUAUACGUAAAAUGCGUCUCCAUCACUACUGCCAUCGCCUCUGUCACCUCUCUUCACGGCCGCUGGUUCGCUGGUAAAAUGAUAACGGCAGCUUACAUACCUUUAGCAAAUUACCAUAGCCUCUUUUCAGAUGCUAUAUCUGCUUUCGCCAGACUCAAAGCCUCCUCGACUAAAGAAUAAAGAAUCCAUUCUAUUUUAUUUUUGUUACGUUUUGUACAUAUAUAGAGGUGGGAGUAUUUAUAAUAUAAUUUAUUUCAUGUCUGUACUAUAUUGAUAUUCCUCAUUUCAUUAAUAAAAUUUUUUAUAUAUCA